CUCCUCCCCGCCUGCCAGCCAAGCUCGCGCCCCCGCCCCUCCUCCCCCCGCUGCCAGCCGGAGCCGAAGCCGGAGCGGAGCCCGGGCGGCUCAUUGCGGAGCGAAGCUGCAGCCGCGAUGGCCACGACCGUGACCUGCACCCGCUUCACCGACGAGUAUCAGCUGUACGAGGAAAUUGGCAAGGGGGCUUUCUCAGUUGUGCGGCGCUGUGUCAAACUCUGCACUGGACACGAAUAUGCGGCAAAGAUUAUCAACACCAAGAAGCUCUCAGCCAGAGAUCAUCAGAAGUUGGAGCGAGAAGCUCGAAUUUGCCGUCUCCUGAAGCAUUCCAACAUCGUUCGCCUCCAUGAUAGCAUAUCUGAGGAAGGCUUCCACUACCUCGUCUUUGAUCUGGUCACGGGCGGGGAGCUCUUUGAAGACAUUGUUGCCAGGGAAUACUACAGUGAAGCCGAUGCAAGUCACUGUAUCCAUCAGAUAUUAGAAAGCGUAACUUACAUUCACCACUAUGCCAUUGUGCAUAGGGACCUGAAGCAUUUGCAUGUUGCCUUGGAGAUCAGAAGUCAUACAGUUUAGGGAGUGUGGUGCACA